ACUGAAAAAACUGCAACAAGCAUAUAAGCCCACAACCGGAAGAAUAGAAAAGAAAAAACAGUUUCAAAUCAAAAGCCUUUUAGCUAUUAAAAUGCAAAAUCACAGAAAAAAUGUUUGCAUUCUUUUUUUAUUUUUAGAGAGAGAGAGGGAGAAGAGAGAGAAAUAGAUAGAUAGAUAGGCAGAUAGAUAGAUAGAUAGAUAGAUAGAGAGAGAGAAGAAAGAGAAAGAGAGAAGAAGAAGCUCAAGAUCCUGCCAGAUCGGAGCGGAACUUUUGAUGGGGCGGGAACUUGUCGAUGAAAAAAUGGAUAGAAAUCCAAAUGGUGUUGUAGUGAAGUCAAAUGGUGUCUCUCAUGAUAAAGUUAAUGCUCUUCCCAAAACUUCAGGAGGCAAUGCUGAAGUGAAGGACUAUGAGGAGAAGCAAUACACUGUAGAGGAUUCAGUUGUUGAGAAUCAUAACCAGAAGCAAGACGUUCUUGGUGUCAAAAGCACAAAUUUUGAUAGUGGCCUGACUGAGGAUAAAAAUGAAAAACCUGGUACACAGAAGUCAAGCGAUGAUAAAAAUUCAAGCUUUCCUGCUUCAAAAUCUGGUGGACCUAGAAACGCACGCAGACAGCACACUGUUCCACAACCGUUUGCUUUGGCAACUGAAAAGCGAGCUGCUGUGAACAGUUCAACAAAUCCGAAUAAUCUGAACUCCCCUAUUGCUACAAAGAAUUCACAGCCUAAUUCGCCUCUAACAGCAAGGAGGGCAUUGCAGCCUGAUAAUAGGAAGCUGGCUGAUGAAGAAGACAAUUGGUCUGUUGCUUCCUCUACAGCCGCAUCAGUGCGAACAGUUAAAUCUGUGACAAUUGGAUCAGCUCCUAGUUUCAAAUCUGCUGAACGUGCAGAGAGACGGAAGGAGUUUUACUUGAAAUUAGAGGAAAAACACCGAGCUUUGGAGGAACAGCGAAGUCAGGCGGAGGCAAGGUCCAAGGAAGAGCAACAAGCAGCCAUCAAGCAGCUUAGAAAGAACAUGGUGGUUAAAGCGAAACCUGUUCCUAGUUUCUAUUAUGAACCACCUCCGCCCAGGGUUGAACUCAAGAAGAUGCCAUUGACUCGACCAGUAUCGCCAAAAUUAAACCGGAGAAAGAGCUGUAGUGAUGCAAUUCAGCAGACAUCUAAGGAAGAAGUGGGGAAACAUUGUGCUCGUCAUCGCCACAGCAUGGGUGCUCACAAAGAAGAACCAACCACCCCCACCUCAGCCAAAACCAAGGUUCAGAGGAGUCCACAAACUGCUAAUGGCACGGGGACACGCAAGGUCAGAGACAGAUUUAAACAGGAACAUGUUGCAGUAAAAGCAGUUCCUGACAAGAUCAUCGAGCAGCAAAAUGGGGACAUCUCAGUGGAGUCAUGAAAUAGCUGCUUUUUACUAACUCUUUUAAGUGGGGAAAACAUCUUGAAUUUCCUCAGUUACCAUAUUUGAUAUUUUAAGAGGGAAUAGCCUGCUUCCUUUUUCAGCUGCAAUGACUUUUUUUUUUUUUGAGUUUGUGUCAUGUGAAUUGUAUAUGUUUUGUAAGUUAUAUCAUUAUAUGUCAUGUUAUAUAUGAGAGGAGUUAUGAUUCUAUUUUGGACUAAA